AGGCGCUGGACCUGACGAUGAACCGCAUCCGCGAGGUGCCGGCCGGCGCCUUCGCGCGCUACCCGUCGCUGGAGCUGCUCUACCUGGACGACAACGCCGUCGCCGUCAUCGAGGACGGCGCCCUCGACCCGCUCGCCAGCCUGCGCGUGCUCUCGCUCGCGCUCAACAGCAUCGUCGAGGUGCCGCGUUCGCUGCUGCGGCUGCCGUCGCUGCAGCGCCUGGUGCUGUCGCGCAACCCGCUGGCGCCCGAGUCGCUGGCGGCGGCGCUGGCGGCGGCGCCCGAGGACGGCCCGCUGCAGGUGCUGGCGCUGGCCAGCUGCCGCCUGCGCGCGCUGCCGCCCCUGCAGCGCCUGCCGCGCCUGCGCGAGCUCAACGUCUCCGGCAACCCGCUCGACAAGGUGAGCGCGGCGCAGCUGGCGCCGCUGUGCAGCCUGCGCGUGGCGGCGCUGGGCGACGCGCACGCCACCGUAGACUUCUGCGACUGCGUGCUGCUGCGCGAGUGGAGCGAGCGCGACGGCUUGCAGCUGCACCCCCCGCAGGCCCUCGACUGCGCCGGCCGCGACGGGGAGCCGGCGGAGGUGGCGCGCUGCGCCAACAGCUCGGCGGCGCGGGAGGCGCAGGCGCUGCGCGCGCAGUGCGGGCGCACGCUGCAGGCUCAGGAGCGCGACGCGCAGCGGCGGCGCCUGUGGGCAAAAAGCUGUGAUGAAGAUGAGGAGGAUUUUGCUCCCAUGACAAAGAAGUACACCAAGUAAUUGUGUUAAGAAGCAGAUCUUGGGUGAGAGUCCAUUGGAGAAUGUACAGAUGUAGCGGUCCAAGUGCAAUGUGGGGCAGUGCAAUGUGUUCAUCAUUUUAACAUUUCCCCUUCAAUCAAGUGUAUAUUAACCAGAGAAUGCUGUGUUUUAACAAAACAAUGUUGGAAUGUAAUGAUCUUACAUUUUAAAUCCUUCAAGAAUCUUUGCUUUUUCCAUGAUCCAACAUUAACAAUGACCAUGAAAAGAGGAAAUGAAGUUUUAAGAAAUACACUGUUGUGUGUAUUUCGCAUAUAAAACCAUAUUGUUCUUCUCAUUUGUAACAUACUAUUUGAAAUUGAAACCAGUAUGUGUGUGAGUGAAUAUUGACUCAUAUUUUUGAAUGGUUGUGGAACAACUUGACAGACAAUUUGAAAGUGAAUUGUCAGAGCAACUCAAUUUGUUUGAAAAUAGACAAGAGUGAAAAUCUUAUCAGACUGUGGCUUGCUAGUCAUGCUUCUGCCAAUACUUCAGCAUUGUAAUUUUAGAGUGGAGCUUGAGGUUAUAUAAGUUUUUGGUGUUAUAAAAAGCUUUGUUUGUAGAACUUGCAAUUUAUUGUGCUCAAUGUGUUGGUAGAAUAUGCAUAAUGUUUUUGUACAUGUGUAAACAAUUUUAUUAAAUGUAAGAUAUUGUAGAAAUAAAACAAAUUCACAACUUUUAUUUAAAGAAAA